CAUCGUGUGAGCUCACAGGGACCUGAACUGUCAGAGCACGGUUAACCAUAAACUAGACAAGAUCCAGACAUUUGUCAAAGCAACAGGCUUUCCGAAGCUGCUUUACAUCUCAUUACUAUAGCAUAAAUGUUUCAGUAAGGCCGUUUUAGUUUCACAAUGUUGACAAAAAGUUGGACUGUUUUUGAAGACACAUUUUCCUGGCUACUUCCUUGUUUCAACUGCCUGUCGUUGUAACAAGAAUGGACUGAGCACCUCCCUGUUCAAAGUUGGCAUACAAGACAUGUAAUGGCAUAGAGUUGUAGCAAGAGCCAUAAAGAUGAGUCAGCGGGAGAGUGGAGAUACAGGAACAGGAGUAAAAGAGGUGAUAGACUUACUAGCCAAGACACCUCCAGAAAGACUGCGCAGCCUAACUCACCACCUGGGCCCAUCCACAGAAGAAGAGAUUGUGCAUGCACUGUGCCUGUUCAUUCUGCAAAAAGAGGUGCAAGCUUUGGAUAAACUUCAAACGCAUGCAGAUAAUAUCCUCGCUAAACAUCUGUCUGAGAAAUGGCAACGAAGUGCAAGACAGUUUGAAAUCUUUAGAGUCCAUUGUGAUAAUUUCCAAGAAUCAGAAUCUUUGGCAACACUGGCACGAAUUUUUAAAGUUUUAACUCAGCAUGGAUUGUGUGAUAGGAACGUUCUAAUUUUGGCUUAUACAAGAGCACUCCCAAAUGAAUCAAGCGACUCAGAUGUUUUGCAAUACAACCUGUUCAUGGAAGAAGCUAAGCAAGUGUGCGGACCUGAAUUUGUUGAAUUUUUGAGUUCUUUUAACAAUUUAAAAUUAUCGUCUGGCUUCCAUAGCAAAUCAUAUGUGCGGAAUAAUUCUGCAACAACAGGUUCAGCUCAGGCAUAUGCAAGAAGCAAUGCACCAUCAUCACUUCAUUCUUCCUAUCGUUCUUAUCCAUCUCAUCUAGAGAUUAGUGAGGCUCCCACAGUUAGCGUCAACAAUGCUAAACCUAUAACACCAACCAGUUUAGCUUCUGUCCCUGGAAAACCUAUGCAACCCGGACAAACUGAAAGUCAUAUUAUUGUGAACCCAAGUUGUAGGGUGCAUGGAAAAAAUCUGAAUUUCACGAACCCACAACCACCAGCUGAUCCAACAAGUAGACCUAUUCCAAAGGGGUCAUUGCCGCCAUCAUCAGUAGCAGCAGCAGCAGAAGAAAAAGAAGAGACAGAACAAGAAGAAGAAGAGGAAGAAGAAGAAGAAGUGAGGUUUUAUUCUUUUGCCAUUUUGCAUGCGCAACAAGAUGCAGAAUUGGCUGAGGCAUUGAAAGAGAAGCUUGAGGGUAUUAUUGAAAGUGAAGGUGCAACUUAUACUGAGGAAUUUGCUGUGGUUGGAAAAGCUGUGCUCAGGUGUGUGGAGGACGCCAUUAACAACUCUGCUUUCACCCUCCUUCUCCUCACCACCAACUUCAACCGAUUUCUGGAAUUGAAAACUGACUCUGCACUGGUUAACUCCAUUUUGAAUCCUCCAAAAUACAACACUGUGAUACCACUCCUGCCACAAAGCAACGCCAUGCCCAGAGAGGACAUCCCCAUGGUCCUGAAAACCUUAGUCUCACUGGAUGAAAAGAAGAACUUUGAGAGGAAAGUAAAACAAGCAAUGACCCCUGCAAGGAUAAAACGCCAAAAGGUGGAAUGGAAGAAAGUGCAGGACAUGAAAAGUCUCAAGAAAAAACAGGAGAAGUUGAAACGCUCCAAUCAGCAACAACAAAAGGAGAAUGAGGAGCUAAGGAACAUGCAUGUUCUGGAGCAAGAGAGACGAAUGCUUUUGAAUGAGAGGUAUCACUUUGUCCAAGAACAGACGGUAGGGCCUGAUAGGAUACAGCUGUGGCAACAACAACAGCCAAACAUCAACAUUGCAAAUGCACAGUAUAUCAUUAUUGGGGACCACUCUCAAAUGGCAGUGGACCUGAGCAGAGAGACUGGAGACACGGACCAGAAAUGAACUAGGUCCAGAGAAUGAAAGAAAAAAUGCUACAUCACUGAUUUAUGAUAUGUCUGAGCAAUGUGUUUAUUUUAGUAGUUGAGUUCAAUGAGAGAACAGCAACAAUAUUUCAAGGGCACUAUGAAACAUUUCUGGUGGCAGGCAGGUCUGUGUCCAUGGAAAUGUACCUGCUUUGCCUGAAAUGUUCCAUGGAAUGGCAUUAAAAUGAUCUUCAUUAAAACAAGCAGCUGACACCACCAGGCCAAGUAACAGGUCAGGUGUGUAGAGAGACUCGCUGUAAGAUAUUGAUUUUUGUUUUUGUUUUUUUAGUUUUUGACUUCAGUUUUUUUCAUUAAGCAAUGCAAAAUAGGAUAAGUAGACUAAUGGGUAGAAAACGCCAGAAAAGUAAAGUUAAUAUAGACAAUAGGUGAUAAUUAAAAAUAGCCUAUUGAACAAAAACGCAAAUGGAAUUAGUUAUGGUGUGUCUAACCCAAAAAGCUGCUAUUACAAUACUAAAUGCACUUAUUUAUAUCGUAAUUCAUUGAUGUAGCUCUGUUUGCUUAUAACACUACAUUUUUCACUGAUUUUUAAAAAAAAAAUCUCAUGUUGAAGUGCUGCCAUCUACUGACGCUUAUGGAAUCUAUUUUACACUUUGACUGCAUCAGCCUGCUUUUACCACUAGAGGGUGCUGUUGAUAUGCGCUUUUGUUCACUUAGCUCAUGACAAAUUAAAUGAUUUAUACCUCA